AUGGGAGCUCCUGUGCUCUACAUUCCGAUGAACAUGGACUACCAUCCCACUACCCCACAACACCAAAAAGAGGAUUUCCGCACUUUUAUCACCAGACUCAAUAUCAAAUUUAGCCUCGAGAUUCCCCUCCCUGGAAUUGAGUCCCCUUCGGCGCGGGAGAGAAACACCAGCCUCCCUAGUCAGAUCUACAAGCACAUCCGCCCGCUAUUCUUCAAUAACAAGGUUGACAAGAAAAGCCUAAUUGACAAUCUCGAGGAAUGGGUCCGCGGGAACCUGCCGGCCGCCCAGAACCAGAACCAGAACCGGAAUCAUGUUUAUCAAACCCAUGCAGGUCGCCGAACCAGCCAACGACACCACAGCGAGGAACCGGCGCCUCCGAUCUCGCUCACCGGCCCUGAGAAGGAUAGGUGCAUGAGGCAGCUACUAGUGCUCAUGGAAGAUGAGGAAUAUCUGUUAGCGAAUGGCCGUGUCGUAAACACGAAAAAAAGGUUUGAUGAUGAUGAUGAAGACGGGGAGUUCCAUACCGCGCCGAGUUCCCCUGUGAAGGGGUCUGUGCUGGCUCAGUCGCCGCUGGGGAAGAAUGGGGAUGGGAGUUUGCAAUUCCCUGAGAUGGUGCAGGCUGCCUUUCGAGGGCCGAAGGGGAAUUAUGGAGCUACGGUCAAUAAUCGUCUCGUAAUUCAAUCUCCUGCGUGGGGAUCGGGGGGAAUUGCAUCGCCGACGAAAAUUCAAGUUCACCCGUCGCCUACAAAGAAGGAUGGACCGAUUCAGUCGCCUGGACAUAAUAAAGAGAUUUUUCAUUCUCCGGCGAAGUAUUCGGGGACUUUUCCUCCGCCAGAAAAGGCGCAACCGGUACAGGCACACCAACCGCUCCCUAAGAGAGUGGCCACUAAACCAUCCAAGCCUCAAGGCAAUAUUCCCGCUCCGAGGAAAUCGACGAACACUUUGUCGCCGGCGAAGACUGCAGGGGGUGCGCAACCAUCCGCGAAGAACCCAGGAUCUGUCCUGUCGCCAUCCAAAACCCCUAAAACCCCCAAAUCGGUCAAAUCACCCUCCCAAUCGCCGUUGAAGCAGAUGGAUCUUCGAUCAUUUGGGUUUGGCAACAGCCCCAGUAAAAAAACUUCUCCUAACCAGGAAGAUAUCGAGUUCAAAAGGCCUUCUUUAUUUGAAAAGCUUAGCGCGGUAUCCGAUGAAUCGAAGCGCAACAAUAUGACGGAGUCACCCGCUCCCAGCUUUGCAGCGACUACUUCGUCGGUCUUUAUGUCUCGCGAUAGUAGCAUGAUGCAAUCAUUUGAUACUGUCACGACAGAAAUGACCGAGCCAAUGGAUACCCAAUCAACCUAUGCUGACUCUAUUGUCGGGUAUAUGGCUAGCGAAGAGAUGCAAAGGAGCGUGGAUGCUGCUGCUAUCUCCAUGAUGGUAGCUGCCGAUCCCGCCGAGACGGAGUAUGCUCUGAAACAGGAGUUUAUUGGUGAGCUGUUGUCCUACGGCCCGUUUUCGGGAGAAGAAUCCUUCUCGGCGAAAAUCCCAUUGCGAUUCCGAUAUGAGCUGGAACGUAUCGGACGUGCGUGGGGAAUUCCCUUCAAACAGAUACUCGUAGGCGACCGUGUUACCUUCAACACUCAAGAUGAUUUCUGGUCAUGGGUCGGCGGGCUUGGUCGACGUUAUGGUCGUCCGCUGCCAGAGAAAUCGCCGCGUCGGGCCUGGGAUGCUGCUGUGGGUGAUUUCAAAUCAGAUAAGCACUCAGAGGUGGUCAUACUGUCAGGGGAUUUGGACUGGUGUGACGACACCGAGCAGGGUAUUUUCAAAUUGAGACUCAACCCACUCAAGCCAGAGCGGACGUGUCGGUUCCACCGAAGAUUUGGUUCGGAUAGAUUCCUGACUCUUACCAUUCCAGCCGCUGAUCGGCCUCCCAGUCAUCAGAAACAACCUGCUUACCCGUCUGUCCUUCGCGAGAGCAUUGCUACCUGGCUCACGCGGAAUGAUCAUCAUUGCCUCGGACGGACGUGGCGGGCUUUCUAUGUCGAGGAAAUAAAGACCAAGCGAAAAGUCAAGGCCGAGCCUCGGUUCCGGGUCGAGUUCUUCGCCAUUGAUGGCGACGACUUUGUUCAUGGGCUCCGUUUACCACCACUGGUGGCCCCUCCCCGACAGCAAAGUGAUAACUAUACUCCGAUGAGUGUAGACGCUUUGCUGGAAUGGCAUAUGCCCAAGACUGCGAAUGCGAAUCAGAGCAGCUGCAAGCUCUUCCAGCGUAUCUCUCUUGGUUUGUCGAAGACAUUUGCGACGGUCAAGUUAAAGCCAACGCAAGUGCUUCGUUUGAGAGACGAUCCAACCCGGGCUGUUAUGAAUGAUGGAUGUGCUUUGAUGUCGAGGACUCUUGCGAAUCAAAUCUGUGACCAACUGGGCAUAACCACCGCCACACCUAGUUGUUUCCAGGGCAGAAUAGCAGGCGCCAAGGGCCUUUGGAUGGUUGAUUCCCACCAAUCUAGUAUCACUACCGUGAACGAUGAUGACAUCUGGAUUCAGAUCUCGGACUCGCAGUUGAAAAUACAUCCUCAUCCGCAGGAAUGGAUUGAAGUGGACGAUGAGAAGUUGACCUUCGAAGUAGUCAACUGGGCUAAGCCGUUGCACCCCGUUGACCUUAAUAUCCAGCUUCUUGCAAUUCUAGAAUAUGGAGGGAACGUGAAGGAGUAUAUUGCCAAACUCACCCGUGAUGGUGUGCAGAGUCUUUACGACGACUUCCUUGAGGUUCUUCGAUCAAAUAGCCCCGUGGUUUGUCGAGCCCUGCUUCAGAAGCUCAAACCCUCCGGCGAGGACGGAACUGGCAAAUCCCGACGAUUAGAGCAGUGGGUUUCCAGUGAUGCUGAGUCCAUUAUUCGUUUCUCCGAGGCUGGCUUUGCUCCGCGCGAUUUCUUUCCCCUUCGGAUGAAGAUCCGUAAAUUCUUGACAUGGCUUCUUGAGCGACAUGUCGAAGAACUCAAAAUCCAGGUCCCUCUUUCAACCUAUGCGUACUGUAUUGCGGACCCAUAUGGAGUUCUUGGGCCGGACGAAGUCCACUUCGGCUUCUCCAAUAACUGGCGGGAUCCACAGGGCCAGUUUGAAGACAACCUCCUGGAUGGGAUAGAUGUUCUCGUCGGCCGACUUCCAGCCCAUUUGCCGUCUGAUAUUCAACGGCGUAGAGCCGUGUGGAAGACUGAGCUACGUCAUUUUAAAGAUGUGAUUGUCUUUCCCACUACAGGAGAUUUCCCUCUAGCCGGUAUGCUAUCCGGAGGAGAUUACGAUGGUGAUACGCCGUGGAUCUGCUGGGAUCAAAUGAUUGUAGAGAGAUUCCGCAAUUCCCCGAUGCCCGAGCAUGAAUAUGCUGCAGAGCAUUACGGGCUCACGAAACACUCCGUCCCGAUGGCUUCGCUGAACUCGACGGAAGACUUUUUGGAAAGUACGUUCUCUUUCAACCUCAACCUUUCAAACCUAGGCCGAUGUACUGUCGAGCAUGAGAAACUGGCAUACGAUGAGUCAGUCGACUCUUCGAGGGCGAAAGAGCUGGCCUGUCUCUUGGGUCAUCUUGUGGAUGGCCGGAAAGGUGGAGUUCAUAUUUCAGAGCAAGCCUGGAAAGAAUACCGCAAGACCAUUAGCCCUAAGCAACGAGCGCUUCCCGCGUAUCGGAACCCAGAGCGCAAGUCCAAACCGUCGAACAUUGUCGACUUCCUCAAGUUUAACGUCGCACAGUCGGAGCUGCGCAGAAUUCUCUCUGGUCUCAACGAAGCGUUCCCCGAGAACGACAUCCAAAACCAGCUCGAUGAUGACCUCGUUCGUCCGUGGGUUGAAGCAGAUGAAGCAUCGAAGACCAAGUCUGAGCACAGUCAAGAAUUAAAAGACGCCCUCGCUGAAGUUCGAGGGGCGAUCAACGAACUAUACCAGCAGUGGAACCAAGGACACUCUGCUUCUACCGACGAAUUCUCUCCCAUAUCACGUCAAGCUGCCGAGAAUGCGAGUGCACUCCCUCCUCCUAAGACGGGCAGACAUCCGCUCAUCCACGCUUGGCAAAACAGCCCCAAUGAGUGGCGACGGUUGGUAGCUUCAUGUGCCUACCGUCGAUGCCCAAACUCCCGGUUUAUCUUCCACGCCUUUGGCGAGACAUUGUGCGAAAUCAAGGCGUCCGUCUCGCCAUCCCGCCUUGUCACUAACGAGGUGAUUGCCUGCUACCGAGUGAAUCAGAAAAUGGUGGCACAUAUCACGGCCAAUGCAUUACCUGGGAAUGACGCCGAUGAUGUAGAUGAGUAUGAAGACGAAGAUGCCAUUGAAGCCAUGCUAUCCUUUUAA